CGUAAUCGUUACGUAGACAGCAGGAACUCAGUCAGAAAUGGCGACGCUUCUGCAGCCAGAGAAAGUGGUUUAUCUCGUCCGAGGCGAGAAAAAGAUUCGAGUUCCGCUCUCUCAGCUAUAUUUUUGCCGAUAUUGCAGUGAGCUGAGAUCCUUGGAAUGCGUGUCACAUGAAGUCGAUUCCCAUUUCUGUCCCAGCUGUCUGGAGAACAUGCCGUCAGCUGAGGCGAAGCUCAAGAAGAAUAGGUGUGCCAAUUGCUUUGACUGUCCAUGCUGUAUGCACACCCUCUCCACUCGGGCCACCAACAUCCCAGCACCACUGCCUGAUGACCCCACCAAAACCACAAUGAAGAAGGCCUACUACCUGGCCUGUGGAUUUUGUCGCUGGACCUCAAGAGAUGUAGGCAUGGCUGACAAAUCUGUGGCCAGUGGAGGAUGGCAGGAACCUGAAAACCAGCAUACCCAAAGGAUCAACAAGCUGAUCGAGUAUUACCAGCAGCUGGCCCAGAGAGAGAAGCUGGAGAGAGACAGGAAGAAGCUGGCACGAAGACGCCCUUUCAUGCCUCAGGCGUUCUCGCAACACACUAUUCACGUGGUGGAGAAGUAUGGACUGGGAACCAGACUACAGAGACAGAGAUCUGGAGCCCCAAUCAGUGCCCUGUACGGCCUUUCAUUAAAAGAAGGAGAGGACCAGAAGGAGAUCAAUAUAGAGCCAGCACAGGCUUUGGAUGAAGUGGAGCCCCUGCCUGAAGACUAUUACACCCGCCCUGUCAACCUUCCUGAAGUAACGAGUCUUCGCCAGAGGCUGUUACAGCCUGAUUUCCAACCUGCAGGAGCUUCACAGCUGCACCCCAGACACAAACACCUGCUAAUGAAGCGCUCUCUGCGUUGCAGGAAAUGUGAGCACAAUCUGAGCAAACCAGAGUUUAAUCCAACCUCAAUAAAGUUCAAAAUCCAGCUUGUGGCAGUGAGCUACAUUCCUGAAGUGAGAAUCAUGUCCAUUCCUAACCUGCGUCAUAUGAAGGAGAGUCAGGUUUUGCUGACCCUGACCAACCCAGUAGAGAACAUUACCCAUGUGUCUCUGUACACCUGUGAGGAGGAAGACCCAGAUGAUAUUAACAGCAAUGCUAAGGUACUGGUGCCCUCAAAGGAACUGGUCCUGGCAGGGAAAGAUGCCGCCGCUGAGUAUGAUGAACUGGCUGAACCUCAAGGUUUUCAGGAUGACCCAGAUGUGGUGGCCUUUAGAAAGUCAAACAAGAUCGGCUUCUUCAUCAAAGUGAUUCCACAGAUAGAGGAGGGUGAUGUCACCGUUUCUUUCAAACUCCGACAUGACUUCCGGAACCUCGCUGCUCCGAUCAGACCCGCUGAGGAGGGGGACGCCACCAGUGAGGCCAUCUGGCUCACACACCAUGUGGAGCUUAGCUUGGGCCCCCUGGCAACUUGAAAACAUAACACACUCGGACGCAAGUAAAACAUCAUGUGACACUAAACUCACUCACAAACUUACACAAUCUCUCUCUUGCUCAUAAAGAUGUUCAUCCUCUUGGUGAAGUGAGUGUAAAUGUUAUCACGCGUCACUUAUAGGAACACAGUUACUUUGCAGUACACACACUACUCCUACACACGAGUCAGAUGCUUUGAGCAGUGAUCUCUUUCUAGCGCCCCCUGCUGAUGUAUUUAAAUGCAUGCGAUCAAAGUAACGUCACCUACUGUUAUAUCUCAGCUUCAACUCGUUAUUCUCAGUGUUAAUAAGACAUUUAGAUUAAUGCUUCAAGUUAUUGUGUUAAUUUAAUAUUUUGUAUUUGCUGUAAAACAAGCAAAAUGUUACUUGCAGUUUGUGUGGCACUGUUAGAAAGUGAGACAGACAUUGUUUAUGAAACAUGCUAAAUUUUGUGGUAAUUCAGGGGAUGAACAUCAGUGCAUUCAGCUUUAUUUAUCUGUCUCGUAUAGUAGCCGGAAGUCCUGAUUUAGUUUCGAUUAUAACAGCCUUAAAAUGUGGUUGAGCAAUCUUAUCAAAUAAAAUAUGACAAAAGUCA